AUGAGCGACCAAGCCGUGGAAGCGUUCGGCAGCGUGGAGCAGACGCUAUCGGCGGUAGAGGAGCACCUCGCUGUUUUCAAGCAGACGUCUAUGGAGGAUUUCACAGAAACUCUAAGGCCGUUGCAGCGUGCAAAAGUUCAGGUCUCACUGGCCUACACUAUCAAUGCGCUGCUGUUUGUUUUCUUGAAGACGCAAGGUGUUUCCUCCAAGGACAUUCGACAGACUCAUGUCAAGCAGGAGCUGGAGCGCGUUAAGGCUUUUAUUAAGAAGAUUAAGGACACGGAGGAGCUAACCAAGGGACCUAAACUUGUGCUCGACAAAGACGCCUCGAAGCGUUUUAUUCACAAUGCCCUGAGCUCCGAUCAAGUAUACCGGGUGGCCUCCAAGUCCUCCGGCAAAAAAAACAAGCGUCAGAGGAAAAACUAG